AUCAAAAGAAAAUAAACAAAUAACAAAAAAAAAACAAAUAAUUUAGUAUGUCAAUAGAGUAUAAAUUGUGUGUCCUAUCAACAGUUCAAUCAGAUGAAUUAAGCAAUUGAGCCAAUUAAACGACUAUUUGCGAGUAGAAUGAUGUAUCCAACUCCCAUGUAAUUGUUAAAAGAUGAUAAAUUUUGCCUACACAGUUCAUCAUGUCUGGACAUGCAGUUGUUGUGUGGGAAUAUGAAAUCCGAUCAGGCUAUUGGAAGCCCUACAGUCCUGCAGUGAGCCAACAUUUGGAAAGAGCAAAUGCUAAACAAUUAACAAGAGUCAUACUUUCUGAUGCAGAUCCUGCUCUGCUAAAUUAUUUUGUCAAUUUAAGAACUUUAACACAAGAAUUAGAGGAGUCAGGUAUAAUUCAAACAGAGCAAGGUACUGAAAAGUGUUAUAUUUCAGAUGAUGUGGUUCCAGUAAGGAGAAAAUGUUACUCACCAUUAUCACCUGCAGGGAAAGGUGCAAGAUGGGAGUGUGCUGCUUCCGACCAUGGUACAGAAUGGCAUCCUUUUGAUAUGGAUAUACAGUGCUUGAUAGAAGAAGCAUGGGCAAGGGGAGACCAAAUGCUGGACAUGAGUAAAACUCACUUAGGCUUUCCAUAUUUGAUUAACUUUAGCAAUUUGACACAGAGAUGGUUGACUAAUGGUUAUGUAAGAAAUGUUAGGAGAACCAAGCAAGCUCCUUAUCCUCUUGUAAAAGUCCGUUUAGAAGAAUUAACUCCUGUCACAGGUCGAAGACCAGCUGAGAGUUUAAAAUCAUCUAGAUCUUCUAAUGUUGCACAAAAAUCUCAUUCAAACAAAGUUAUAGGAAGCAGUGCAGCUCUCAACCAAACUGACAGUAAUAAAAAGAGUACCAGCAAGAAGAAAGCUGGUAAUAAGGGGAAGAGUAAUCAUGAUACUACCCCAACCAAUUUGGCUAGACAGAUUUUAAACAAUUUGAACAUUUUUGGUCACCGAUCGACUAGUAGCGCUCCCUCUCAAACCAGCGACAAUCGGACGCUGUUGGACGCCGAUAGCAGCAGCACGAAGUCUGGUCGUAGGCCGAGUCUUGAUACAGUCUCGACCUACCUCAGCCAGGAGAGCAGAGACAGUCAGGCGACCGCAUCGACUUCGGAUCUGAUCAAUUGCGGGGCCAGCGAUGACGGGGUGAUGGAGGAUUUGCCCUCGAUCGUCGGUGAGUAUUUUUUUCCACCGCUAAUCUCACAAAUGGCUCAAGUUUCGUUUAGCUGA